AUGAGUUCCUACGUAGCCAAUUCCUUCUAUAAGCAAAAUCAAAAUGUUCCUGCGUAUUCCAUGCAAAGUUAUGGGAAUUAUGGAUCACUGCCUGAGGUUCAGCCCUCCAGGUGCUGCUAUACUGGGCUGGAUCUGAGCAUUACAUUCCCUUCAUCUGGGGCUUCCAACUCUCUGAACGGUGUGGACGUGUCUUCAACCCCCAGAUCUAACCCUGACCGGCCUUCCUGUACUGUCAUGGGAUCUUCAGGGCACACUUUAGGCAGAGACGACCAGGCUCCUCUAAACCCAGGAAUUUACAGUCAGAAGGCUGGUGGCACCAACAACCCCACGCCGUUGGAAGAUAGAUCUAAAACCAGUGGGGAAAUCAAGAGUGAACCGGUGCAAGCAGCCCAGCCCAGCGGCCAGCCUGUUCAGCAGUCGCCGCAGCAGCCACCACAAAUCUAUCCGUGGAUGACCAAACUACACAUGAGCCACGAAGCCGAUGGCAAACGUUCUAGGACCAGCUACACUCGCUAUCAGACUCUGGAGCUAGAAAAAGAAUUCCACUUUAACCGCUAUCUCACCCGUCGGAGGCGCAUAGAGAUCGCCAACAACCUGUGUUUGAAUGAGAGGCAAAUCAAAAUCUGGUUUCAAAAUCGGAGGAUGAAAUGGAAGAAAGAUUCCAAACUGAAAAGCAAGGAGUCUGUCUAGGUAGAAGGUCGGGGUGGGGUGGGGCGGGGAAGUCAGCAGCACGUCUGGAUGAGAGCCGUUGUUGUACCUUGAGAAAAACUUUUUUUCUUUGGGAGGUGGGAAAAAAGGAAGGGCGGAGGGGAGGGUAGCAGCCUGGGACAGACUACACACCCUUGCAAAUCUGGCAGACAAAGGCGUCCUCUGAUUAGUAUGCAAACAGACCGGGUCUUUAGCUUCCAACAAGAAUUCAGGGUGAAGCCUUCUGGAGUUGCCACCGGCCCCUUGCUCUCUAACCUGGGUCCCGCUGAUCUGGGAAGGAAAAGCCUUGCUCCCUCUCAAAGUUCGCCCUCCAGUCUACUAGGGGCGAUUUUCCCCUAAGUGCUAACCUAAGCAAGGACACCCUUUAGAAAAAAAAUAAAAUAAAAUAAAAGGGAAGCUCAAGUUAUGCAUAAGAGGGGUGAGUGCGACCGUCGCUAUUUUCUCUCUCUCUCUUUCCCCCCCAAUUUCCCGGCCUCGGCUUCUAUCCAUUGCAAGUCUUGGAAAGUUCAGGUCUGUUGAAAUGCCUACUAAUACUUUGCGUCCAAGUCGGAUUUUGCGCCCGAAGCGACCACACGCGAUAUGAGAGCACUUCUUCGCGGUUCCAAUCCUACCGCCGCCGGCCGAGGGGCGCCGCCUCCCGAGCAAACUUGCCUCCCUAGGAUCGGGCAAGCGCGAGCUAGUGAUCUCGAGACAAUAUUGACGUCUCGCGCGCGCGUGGAAUAAAAAAUUUGCCCCGUGAAGUCGUUUCCUAAGAUGCUCUUAACCGGGGGGGGGGGGACCCUGGGAAAUCUGUUUGCUCUAGGAUGUGUUUGUUCAGUGCUGGGGAUGUUUUUCUGUAAUCAUCUUAUUCCCUCCCCAUUUACUUAUUUUUGUAUUAUUGGCCUAUGAAAGAAAGUGAAACGGACUAAGAGCAACACUGUUUCCGCAUCUCUCCUGGGAGAUCCUUGUGCAAAAUAGUAAAGCACUGUGGAGGAAUGGAAUGAGGGGAUUGGUGGGAAAGUGUGUGAAUUCACUUGGCUUAAAUAUUCCCGUGUAUUUAUUUGUUGUGUAAUUAAUGUAGUAUGUACAUAUAUAUACAAUCCUUAUCCAAAUUACACUUUGUUUACAUAUAGUCCAUUUAAAUUUUAGUCUCUUCCCCCUUCCUUCUCUCCCUGUGUUGUAAUACCUAUAGUAUAUUUAUUGAUUGUAAUAUCAUAUGUGAAAGCUCGUGGAAUGACUGAAUGGAAUGAAUGAAUAGAUGAAUAUUCAUAGAUUCAUCAAAAUAAACUGUAAAUAAUACUUCAACAAUGAAAGGCCAAGUUUGGGGUAGGUGGAGAUGAAGGAAAUCAUUAAACAUUUUUCUUGAGCGCUGCCCAACACCAGAUCUAAUAUUUUCUUAGUUUCCUUCAUUUGAUUUUUUUUAAAAUAUUUUUUGUUAUGGUAUUCAGUGCACUCCGUUUUCAGUUAAUUGGGUCCCUGAGUUUUAGAUUUAAAGGCUUGCUCAGAUUCGUGGAACUUGAGACUUCUGUCCUAAGAGCAAAAAUGGAAAUGUAAUAGAAAUCAGUUUAAGAUCCAAUUCAGAUCCUAAAAUAGGCUCUUAUCUAC